GUCGGCCUUAUCUUUUGUUUCCUCCAAAAUUGGUAUAAAAGAACGUCUCGCUCGUAUGAGCCUCUCUGACUGACCGCAGUUCAUUUGGCCGAGACUUUGGUAGCCAGAACAUCAACAUGAGGCUCAUCAUCAUCCUGUCGCUGUUUGCUGGUACUCUGGCCCAGUGGGGCGCGAACAUGGAGAAUGGACGUACCACUCUUGUGCACCUGUUCGAGUGGAGGUGGGCGGACAUCGCAGCGGAAUGUGAGCGUUUCCUGGGGCCCAACGGCUUCGGUGCUGUACAGGUCUCGCCUCCAAGCGAGAACGCGGUGAAAAGUGGUCGUCCGUGGUGGGAGCGUUACCAGCCGGUCAGCUACCAGCUGCAGACCCGCAGUGGAAGCGAUGCUGAGUUCAGGGACAUGGUGAAGAGGUGUAACGAUGUCGGCGUCAGAAUUUACGUGGAUGCCGUGAUCAACCAUAUGGCAGCUGGGUCAGGUUCUGGUACAGCAGGCUCUUCUUACAACGGAGAAGACUUCCCCGGGGUCUACAGUGCCUUUGACUUCAACGACGGCAAUUGCAACUCCGGAAGCGGAAACAUUGAGAACUAUAUGGAUGUUAACCAGGUCCGUAACUGUAAGCUGGUUGGUUUACCAGAUUUGAACUUGGGAUCCGAUUACGUCAGGGGCAAGAUCGCAGGAUACAUGAACAAGCUCAUCGACGCCGGUGUUGCCGGGUUCCGAGUGGACGCGUGUAAGCACAUGUGGCCGGGUGACCUGCAGGCCAUCUCCGGCAGACUGCACGAUCUUUCCACCAACUUCUUUGCCGCCAACACUCGGCCUUACAUCGUCCAGGAGGUGAUUGACGUUGGGGGCGGUGAGCCCAUCACAUCGGGCCAGUACCAACACCUUGGCCGCGUCACUGAGUUCAAGUACUCCAAGUUCAUCGGAGAGGUCUUCAGGAAGUGGAACAACCAGAAGCUGAGCUACUUCUCCAACUGGGGCGAAGGUUGGGGCAUGCUGCCUUCUGGGAGUUCUCUUGUUUUCGUGGAUAACCAUGACAACCAGCGUGGCCACGGUGCCGGCGGUGCCAGCAUCAUUACAUUCAGAGACUCCAAACUCUACAAGAUGGCCAAUGCUUUCAUGUUGGCCCAUCCUUACGGCAACCCUCGUGUGAUGUCCAGCUUCUAUUUCGACUCUCACGCCACUGACCAAGGUCCUCCCAACAGUAACGGAAACACCAACGGCGUCACCAUCAACUCUGACGGCACCUGUGGAGGUGGCUGGAUGUGUGAGCACAGGUGGCGCCAGAUUAAGAACAUGGCGCAGUUCCGUAACGUGGUCCACGGUGAGAGUUUGCAGAACUGGUGGAGUAACGGGAACAACCAGAUCGCCUUCUCACGUGGCAACAAGGGCUUCAUCGUCAUCAACAACGAUGGCUAUAACAUGAACGAGUGGCUGCAAACAGGCAUGCCAGCCGGAGAUUACUGUGAUGUCAUUUCCGGCGACAAGCACAACGGCCACUGCUCGGGCACGACCAUUACAGUAGGAGGGGACGGACGGGGGCAUUUCCACAUCUCCAGCCAUGCUGAUGAUGGUGUCAUUGCCAUCCACCAGGGUUCUAAGCUGUAGAAUUACAUGGUCCCGAAUAACAAUGCAUUUGCAUCACAAAUGAUUGCAACGCAUGAGUCUCAGUCUUGAAGUAAAAUAAAUCAUGGACAUGAAAUCGUCAUAGCA